CUUUGUCUUUCGAACACACACUUGUUCUAUCUCGAUCUAUCUUUUCCUCUCCUCUUUUCCUUUCUCCCCUCUCGUCCGUCUGCCAAGCACUCAGCCCAUUCACAGCUGAUAAGACAGGUUCAGUAAUACGUCAGAGGAGACAUUAGCAGAGAGCAGGACAGGGGGACAGACGCAAGACUCUGAGCAGAUGAAACGCUUGAUGGGAAGUAAUAAGGGUUAGACGAGUGACUGUUCGAGGGCCUGAUGCACUGGUGAGGAGGGGGCGAAGAGGACUGCCCACAGGAACGAGUGGAAAUAAAGCCUCAACAUGUGUUUCUGUCACAUUCUGGACCUGUUAGACCAGGCCUGGUGACGGAGAGGUGUUUAAAUCGACGCUGAUGCGGACAGGACUCUUUGUCAUGUGAGUCACGACUCCUGUGGCUGAGAGAAGACGCGCUUUGGAGAACAUAGUGCUUGUGUACUUGGACCUUCCAGCGACUUGCGAGUGAAAAAAGAGGCUGCUUGUAGCAGUCUUCAAGGGACAGCUGUCCUUCAGGCAUAGGACGAGUCUCAAGAAGUGUUUAAAGGUGGAUUUUGACAUUCAGAGAACCAACUCGGGAGAAACAGAGAUGCUCAGCUGAGGCUUCCUAUUGGAUUUCGGUCAAAAACCCAUGUGGCAUUGAUAGAUGAACAAAUGACAUCUUCAAGAAGAAUUGAGAUAUAUACCGUGUGCAUCAGCCAACUUUUCAGGCCUUUGCUAUCGUGGGACAAUCUGAAGAUACUAAACUGCCUCUUCGUUUAAUCUUAAGAACAUUCUGUUUUUCUGAGUCAGCGUAUUAAUCUUUUUUCUUUUCAACUUGUUUGUCUUGAGCUUCUUAUUUAGUUUUGAGACAUUAUGAAAGGAACAUUUGGCCGUUUAGCAAGGUGAUAAAAAAGCUUCCAGGAACCCUUGUCGAACUCAGUUGUGGCCCUCACUGUUGGGGAAUGGGGUAACAGAGAUGGUGGUCACUCAGUUAGAGCUGGAGCUCUGUUAUCAGGGGAAGAAGCUGAGAGGUUUCACCUGCAAACUCACCCGUUCGGCUCAUGGCUUCCUUCCGGAGAGCUCGUACAUCAUUGCUGCGCAGGUCCUACUGCCGUAUCUGCUGGGCGGGCUGGGGAUGGUGGCAGCCGGUAUCGUCAUGGACGUUGUCCAACACUGGGAUGUGUUUAAAGUGAUCACAGAGGUGUUCAUCCUGGUACCUGCUUUGGUCGGGCUCAAGGGAAACCUGGAGAUGACUCUAGCAUCCCGUCUCUCUACUGCUGCUAACACCGGACAGAUGGACGACCCCAAACAGCAGUGGCUGAUGGUGACCUGUAAUCUUGCUCUUAUUCAGGUUCAGGCCACUGUGGUGGGCUUCCUGGCAGCACUUGCAGCCGUAGGUCUUGGCGCUCUGUCCAGAGGCGGUGUAGAGCUGGACCAGGCGGCUGUCCUGUGUGCUAGCAGUGUUACCACCGCAUUUGUGGCUGCUCUGUCCUUAGGUCUGGUGAUGAUUGGUGUGAUCAUUGGCUCCAGAAAGGUGGGCAUCAACCCUGAUAAUGUGGCCACACCGAUAGCAGCCAGUCUGGGGGAUCUCAUCACUCUUUCUCUGUUGGCUGGAGUCAGCAGCACACUGUUCCAGUACAGAGAUGUGUGGUACUUGUCCCCGUUGGUUUGUGCCUUCUUCCUGCUGCUCAUUCCUUUCUGGGUGCUCAUCGCUAGACGGAGUCCACAGAUUAAAGAGGUUCUGAAGUCCGGCUGGCAGCCUGUUAUAGUGGCCAUGUCCAUCAGCAGUUUCGGAGGCCUUAUUCUUGAUAAGACUGUGAGCGAUCCAAACUUUGAGGGCAUGGCUGUCUUCACACCAGUGAUAAACGGUGUCGGGGGAAAUCUGGUGGCCAUCCAGGCCAGUCGGAUCUCCACCUACCUUCAUUUCUGGAGCGUACCUGGAGUCUUGCCCUAUAAGAUGAGACAGCACUGGCCCAACCCCUGUGUCACAUUCUUCUCCUCAGGUGUGAACUCCAAGUCGGCACGGGUGCUGUUCCUCCUGGUGGUUCCAGGCCAUCUGUUGUUUCUUUUUGCCAUUAAUAUGCUCCAAGGAGGCCACACUGCCAUCACGCCAGCGUUUAUCUGCUGCUACCUGGGUGCUGCUCUGCUUCAGGUUGGGAUCCUCAUUUAUACAGCAGACUUGAUUGUGCGUUUAAUGUGGAGGAAAGGUCUGGACCCAGAUAACUUCUCCAUCCCAUACCUGACUGCACUGGGAGACCUGUUGGGCACGGGUUUCCUGGCUUUGUGUUUUCGUCUGGUCAUGUUAGUGGAGGGGCUCGGCUGGUAAAAACGCUAGACCACCUCCUUCUCCCCACACUCCCACCUCCAGCUCCCAGUUUGGGGACCGUUGUUGCCCAGGCUGGCUGCAGUGACUUUGGAGAUGCAAACUUGUGAGGCAGAAUAUGAGCCACUUUGUUUCUGUGCUUACAAGAUAGGUUGACUGGAAGUAUCAAAUACAUCGGCAGGUAUGGACUUACUACCUGACAGUCUGUCAUACGAUUAUACUCUCGGUGCGUUGUCCUGUCGCCUCAGUUUCAUACACACUAGUCACCAGAAAACUGUAUAUUAAGCUAUAUCUGUAGGUGCAAGCAUCACAAGUUUUAUGUCAUGUAUGAAUUGAAGUUGAAGUUUACAAGAUUUAAGACCUUGAAGGAUUCUGAGAUGUUUAUUUUAAUUAUUUAUCAAUUAUUGUUUUUGAGUUUCUGAUUUAGGAUCAAUUUGAAAGAAAAUGAGAAGUCUCAACUUUGAAGGUCAUUCCUUUUGCUGUUUUAGUAACUACACAAGGUCAUAAUUGCUGCUAGAUGUUUUUACUGGACUCUAUCUCUCAUAUCUCUAACAUACUCAGUUUGUAAUUUUUUUUGAACCGGAAAUAUUUUUUCUCAAAAUCCACACUUUGGAAAGGCAAAAUCUUA